GUGCGCAGCCGUUCCGCGGAGGGACGAGGCACAGCCGGGGAACCGCCGCCAGAUCCGCUCUCUGUCCACGCCGCCUGUCGCGCCGGCCGUCGCGCCGCCCGCCCGCCCGCCCCGCGUCCGCCGCCGCCGCCGCCGCCGCCAUGGGAGUGCAGGUGGAGACCAUCUCCCCCGGAGACGGGCGCACCUUCCCGAAGCGCGGCCAGACCUGCGUGGUGCACUACACGGGGAUGCUUGAAGAUGGAAAGAAAUUCGAUUCCUCCCGGGACAGAAACAAGCCCUUUAAGUUUGUGCUGGGUAAGCAGGAGGUGAUCCGAGGCUGGGAAGAAGGGGUUGCCCAGAUGAGCGUGGGUCAGAGAGCCAAGCUGACUAUCUCCCCAGACUACGCCUAUGGUGCCACUGGGCACCCAGGCAUCAUCCCGCCAAAUGCCACUCUCGUCUUUGAUGUGGAGCUUCUAAAACUGGAAUGACAGGAAUGGCCUCCUCCCUGAGCUCCCCAUUCUUGGAUGUGCCAUGGAAGGAUCUGGCGCCUCCAGAUGCGCACAGCGAGUCCGUAUGGAGCUUUUCCUGAUGUUCCACUACACUCUUUGUAUAAACAUCUUCCCUGACUGAAUGUGUUCUGUCACCGGCUUUGCUCUUCCCCUUUCUCCUCGUAUGUGUGUUGACCUGAACUAUAUGCCAUAAACCUCAAGUUACCCAUUUUAGUUUGUUUUUGUUUUGGGGUGAAGAUUGAGUUUCAGUCCUUUGGAUCUAGGUUUCCAGUUAAGUACUAGUCAAGUAUUAACAGCACAAAUAAUGGGUUAACUUUAGAAUAGGAAUUGGUGUUGGGGGGAGUGCAAGAAUCUUUAUUUUAUUUUAUUUUUUUUUUGGAUGAAAGUUUUAUCUAUUAUAUAUUAAACAUUCUUGCUGCUGCGCUGCAAAGCCAUAGCAGAUUUGAGGCGCUUUUGAGGGCCGAAUUAUUCUCCAAGUUGAGAGAUGUCCUCGGGUUGAAUUAAAAGCCCUACCCAAAACUAAAGUGGGAAGGGGAGAGCCUUUGCCUCCACUGUCCCACCCCCACCCUCCCCUUAACCCUCUGCCUUUUGAAAGCAGAUCAUUUUCACUGAGAUGUUGGACACUACAGGUGUCUGUCACCGGGCCAGCAGGGACCUCUGAAGCCUUCUUCAUGGCCUGGCUUUUUUUUUUUUUUUUUUUCUUUUUUUCCAUCCUGUGGUUUUCUAAUGGAUAUUUAGGACUUUUGUAAUCUCAUAGCUAUCCAGGCUCCACUUCCUAAAUUUUAAGAACUUUAAUCGAAAGUUAAAUUGAAGGUGCUGUUUGUAGACACUUAACACCCAUGAAAGCCCAGCCAUCAUGACAAAUCCUUGAGUGUUGUCUUAAGAAAAUGAUGCUGGUCAUCACAGCUUCAGCAUCUCCUGUUUUUUGAUGCUCAGCUCCCUCUGCUGAUCUCAGAGUUUCCUGGCUUCUCCUUCCUCCCUCUCACCCUCUGCUGUCCUGUGUAGUGAUUUGGUGAGAGAAAUUGCUGCCUACUCGCCCACGCCUACCCCACCCCCUGCACUACAUAUGAGUUUCAAGUUUUAUUAUUGCAAUAAAAGUGCUUUAUGCUGGCUUUUCUCA